AUGUGUAUUGAAAGCUGUGCACUUCUAGAAUCAGGCGGCUAUAACACAGCGCUAGAGAUACUGCGCAAGCAAUUUGGUCAGCCGCAUAUGAUUUUAAAUAGGCUUAUGAGCGAACUUCUAGACAGGAAACGCAUUUCUGCUGGAGAUGGUGAUGGUUUGUGGGCUCUAGUAAGCUCUAUGAAAAAGUGUCAAGUGACACUUUCCCAGAUGGGUUAUGUUAACGAUUUGAAUAGCACUUCAAAUCUAUUGAAGAUACAAAUGUUGCUUCCUAUUGGAAUGCAGAAUGCCUGGGCUGACAAGGCACAUGAUUUAUUACAGAAGGGUGAACCCACCUUUUUAGACAUGCUUGACUUCCUUGAAAAGAAGGCAGAAGUAUCAUGCAAUAUGUUUGGCCGUAGUAUUGGCAAGAGUAGUAACGUUAGUAUCGGUAGCAGUACAAAUGAACGACCUAAGGUCAAAGCCAACAAUAUAAAGACUAGAAGAAAGUUACAAUGUUUUUAUUGCAAUGAAGAGCAUAUGUUGACUUCUUGUAUUAAGUUUCUACAUAUGAAUUAUGAUGAACGAUUGAAGGUAGUCAAAGAGAAGAGACUGUGUUACAGGUGUUUAGUGAUUAGUCAUUCUGUACAUCGAUGUCGUCGUGAUCAGUUGAAAUGUAGCAAGUGUGAUUCUAUGAAGCAUCAUGAGCUACUUCAUCCAACAGAACAGCCUCCAGUCGUAACAUCUCGUGCGGCGAUGAGUGGCAGGAACGUCUAUCUGAUGGUAGUUCCUGUACAGGUAAGAGCUAGUAAUGGCAAUCAAGUUACCACUUUAGCUCUAUUGGACAAUGGAUCUGACAGCAGUUUGUGUAGCGACAGCCUCAGACGUAAACUUGGAGUAAGUGGCCAGAGAGUGACGUAUACGUCGGUGACAAUCAAUGGGGAAGAAACUAAAGAUGGUCUAACUAUCGAACUGAAUGUAAAGGGUAUGCGUGAAGAGAAAGAAAUUGCUACCAAGGUACUCACUGUUGACAACAUACCAUCCAGUUCUGAUGCUGCUCCCACUAAAGACGAACUUCAGAAAUGGGAUCAUCUAAGUGAUCUGCCGGUGAGUGAUAACAAAAAUUUGAAGGUUGAUCUUCUUAUAGGUGCUGAUAAUCCUGAAGCAUUUUGGGUCAUUGAUGAGAGGAGAAACCAACCUAAAGAUCCAUAUGCCAUAAAAACACCUCUAGGCUGGUGUGUGAUGGGACCAGGACUUGAAACUAAGACGCGAUCCAUUUGCCACAGAAUAUCUAUUACUAAUGAACAGUUACUAGAACAACUUAAGAAAACUUGGAUUGUAGACAAUGGGUUUGAAGUAGAUGAAGACUCGAUCGAAGACAAGCGAGCAAAGCAAAUCAUGUCUUCCACAGCAUCGCAAACCAACACCAAUAACUAUCAGAUGGGCCUCUUGUGGAAAAGUGACAACCAUAAACUACCAUGUAACAAACCAUUAGCAAAAAUCCGAUUGUCCUGUCUCGAACGCAAGCUACAUAAAGAUCCAGAGUUGCAAAAGAAAUACGCUGAGACGGUAGAGUCCUACAUUUCAAAGGGGUAUGCAGAACCAGUAGAAGGGGCGGGAGACGAUGGUAAUGAAUGGUACCUGCCGCAUCAUCCAGUGAUUCAUCCUCGUAAACCUGGUAAAGCAAGAGAGAAUUGCAUAUAG